AAAAGAUCUGGAUAGUUAAAGUUUCAUUCGCGCUCUUGAAAACGGUACAUGUGCAAGGAAUCCGGCGAAUUUAGCGGAACACACUGCGGAGCUCAUGUGUACAUAGAGUGUCACUCGUUUGCCUUUUGCAGUUUCUGUGCAGUAGAUUUAGCAACCGUUUGGGGAAAACGGGCAUGGCCACGACGAUACCGCUUCUCAGCUAUCUCCUUGGUGUCAUCCUUUUCGCAACGCUGCCGUAUGCAUCCGGCCUAGUUUACCCCACAGAUGCUUCCGGAAAGCCCCUCCCAAACUCUAUUCAAACAUACUACAUAGAUGCCUUGAAUCUCUGGCGAAACCGGGACCUCUACCAAUCGGGUCUAGAUGAUCUGAAUCCAGCUGUCAAGCGCGUGGCACGUCUCGGCAAUGCUUCCGUAGACGAUCAAACUGUGUACACUGUGACGGCCAAGAAUAAAAGUCAGUUGGCGCCUUCCAACAACCCGCACGAUUAUUACUCUCUUGCACGAUAUUUUUGGCCAAAUAAUCUGACCGUGAACGGACUCCCAUAUGUGCGAAUAGAUGGACGGCUAAACCCCGAGUCGACGCAGGUGGCAGAUGAGGCGUGGUUGUCCAAGGUUGUAGAGGAUGUCUGGAAUGCAGGAUUAGCUUGGUUUUGGACGGGGGAUGUGAGAUAUGCUGAUGUGGGAGUGAAGAGGCUUCGUCAAUGGUUUCUGGACGACGCCACGAGAAUGAAUCCGACCUUGGAGUUUGCUGAGGUAGUGAAAGGCAGAACGGCUCCGCAGACGGUGACCAUCCCUAGCAACAUUCCGCCCGGCUGGCCAGGAACAACAACAGAUGAUGUGUGGGAUCAUAUUCCUGUUGGGUGGCCAGGGCGCCCUGCAGGAGUAGCCAGAAUAAAGCGCCAGGUUCCUGCUACGUCGAUCACGUUCGCGCCCUAUAAUGGCAGUCUUAUGGCCAUGUCAACGUUCUAUGAAUUAAUCGACGGUGUCAGUCUCUUGCGUACUUCCCCGUCUUUAACAUCUAAAGACCUUGCCUCCUUCACAAACUGGACGACCGCAUACCUACAAUGGCUACAAACUUCUCCACGGGGACAGUACGAGUCCUCGCGCACCGAUUACCGCGGCGUCUGGUACGAUGUCCAAGAAGUCAGCCUGCUUCUUUAUUUAAAUCGCACAAACGAUGCAUCUCAAGUUUUACGGAACCGGUCGUCAUACCGGAUUGCUACUGCUAUUUCACCAAACGGGAAUAUCCCAGUCGAACUGGCCAAAACUUCCAGUUGGGAAUCAUCUGUUACCUUUGUUCAAGGUUUAUUUGCAUUAGGAACGCUAUCUCAAAACGGAGGGUUAGAGGUGGACCUCUUUACCGUCAGCACCAGCGACGGACGAAACAUACAGCGUGCACUGGACUUCUUGUACCCCUUUGCCCUCGUAAAUGGAAGUGGAUGGCCAGUGCCUUCCAACCGGGCUUUUCAAAAUGGUGAAGCGAUAACACAGCUAUGUAAAGAAGCCUGGGUGGUGUACGGUGACCAGAAAUACCAGCGAGCCGUGCAAACAUUGCAAGGUGGAAACCCUGAAACGUGGAACCCGAGUAGGUUGUGGGCACCUUAUCUGGCAUUUGAUGCGGCUGUUGAGGCGGCCGCGUGGAAAGGAGCUGUCGCCAAUUGGCGACUGGUUCUCGGGAUGAUGGUACUGAGCAUAGUAGGGAUUGGAUUUUCAACGGCGUAGGAAAAAUGUGCACUGGACUGUGUUUUAUCUGUAAAUUGUAUAGCAGCUACAAGGCUCAUGUAAUUUAAUGCGUACAUGUAAACUUAAAAAUGUGUGUCAAUAUAUAUCAAUCGGUACUGGCAAAAAGGAUA